AUGGAUAACAAUAAGCUAAGAAACUCUGGAUACUAAAUAUCUGACCGAGUCCAAUUCGGAGGUGUAUUUGAACCAGAGAAAUGCAAAUAAAUAGCGAAAUAAGUGAUGGAUUUAUAUGAUUCCAAUAAAGACGGGUUUAUUGAAUAAAAUGAAAUCGCCAUGAUGUUAUCAGAUGCCUACCGAGCAAUGAACAAAGGGUUCAAUCCUACCUCUUAAGAUGUUUCCAAUUGCCAAUCCAUUUUAGACAGAAAAUCCACAGGAAGAGUCCACAGUGAAGACAUAGAACAAUUAGUAUAGAAGUAUUUCUCUGGAUAACCCCCUGCUCAGCCAGUCAAAAGAGUUCCAGAGAAGUUGUCCAGAAUUGCAUAGGAAAGAUUGGAAGUGGCCAGGAGAAUCUUUAAGUUCGUUGACAAAGACGGUUCAGGUUUCUUAACUGAAGAAGAGGUCCCUGAGUUAUUAAAGGAAACCUAUAAACACAUGGGCAUGAAUGAUUAUCAACCGACCAAAGAGGAUGUGGUCAUCUGGAUCCAAAUGACUGACUCGGAUGGAGAUGGGAAAGUGACUCUUGAAGAUUAUGAAUAACUUGUUUUGGAUUCCUUGAGAAAACAAGGCAUCAGUUUAGAAUGA